CCAACUUUGCACAAAGGCAGCAUGGCACUGCCUCGCCUGCGGGCUCGCCGGCGCCGCCGCCGCUCUGCCCCGUCCGGGGCGAGAGGGGCUCGCCCUUUUCCACCCCCAGCCCUCCCCUUCUCGUGCCCCCACCCCCUCUCAGGCGGGCCGGCCGGGCGGAGCCGAGCGCCAGGCACCGAGCUCCGCCGCCGUGGCGGCCGCCGCUCGCUCUGUGACGUUAGCAGCCUUCGCGGCUAUUUAUAUCCACACGAUUGGAUUUCAUUCAUGAAACCAGGGCCUGCUGUGUCUGUGCGCCGGGGCGCUGGUUGCAAAGGUGCCUCCGCUUCACGCAGACCCGGGGGGCCCGGGUUCGGAGGCGCAUGGCCCGGGACAAACAUGCGCGGAGCACGGGAGACCCCGGCCGUUCUCCCAAGCGGCCGGGAGGUGAGGGUCGGGGCGAUCUGUGCUCCCGUCCUCUGUGCCAACGUCCCACCCAUUCCCGUCCAACGCUGGCCCUUUGUCCCAGGCUCUGGAAAAGGGCUGUUACGAGAGAAAUCCCUCCUCAUCUUCCACUAUGAAAAUGAUAAAUGGCUGACUGGAGAUAUCUGAAAUAUCGCCAGAUCUCCCUGAUGUAUCACGUGUCGCCAGCAAUCAUAAACAGUGACUAAUCUUUGGUCAUGAACUAUAUUUAUGGCUUUCUUGUCAUCAGGAGGUAGGUAAUUUCUCGAAUCAGGUUUAAGGCUCUAAUGUUUAUGCUAGGAACAUGUGUGCCAGAAAAAGUGUACCGAGGUCCAAAGGAAAAUAAUCCUCACAUUUUCUUUCAUUUAACUAUUUCUAGAGCUAGCCAUUUCCAUCUCUAUCUCCUGUUUGCCUCAGGAUUCACCCAGGAGUGUUCUGAUCAGGAAUCUAAUUUAUCCCAGUCAAUUCACCGUUUUGGUGAUAACAGUGUCCUUGAGGAAUAGGAAAAGUAAUAGGGAAAGGAAUAUGACUAAAAGGCAAAUUUAUCCCAGUUAAAGCUUAUCAGAGAUCAAAAGGAAACACAGUGAACCUGUUUCUUCCAUCUCCUAAAUUCAACUGAGGGUGGGGGGAUCAAAGUUUCCCUAAAGGACUAUAAUAAGAUUAGAACACUGAAAGAUAAAACUAAUGGAAGGCAAAUUAAGGCUUAGAGGGAAAUGAAAUAAGGUCAAUCAGAGUGUAAUUCUACUUCAAUUCAAUUCAGCUAAUAUCUAUCAAGUGCCUUCUGGAUACCAGGCACUGGGGUAGGUGCUUGGUGUACACCAGUCAAAACUAACAAAAAUUGCUGCCCGUGUGGAGCUUACAUUCUCAUGGAGGGAGACAGACGAUAAAUAAAUGAGUAAAUUAUAUAAUUUAUCAGAAGGUGGCAAGUAUCACAGAGAGAAAUAAAUCAGGGAAGGAAAAUAGGAGUUGUGGGAACGGGUGACAUUUUUAGAAGGGUGGUCAGUGAAGGUCUUAUUGAGAAGUUGAUGUUUGAGCAAAGACUUGAAGGAGAAGAGAAAACAAGUCAUGUGGAUUCCUGGGGAAGAAGGUCCCAGACAGGAAAUAGCAAGUGCAAAGGCCCAGAGGCAGGAGCAUGCCCGGUGUGCUGGCAGAACUGUCAGGAAGCCAGAGUGACUGGAGUGGAGUGAAUGUGGGUGGGGGCGCAGAAGGAGAUGGUGGUCAGGUGGGCUGAAACAUAUACGGCCUUGAGGACCACUAUUAGGCUCCAGCUUUUCCUCUAAUUGAAACAAGGAAAGACUGCAGUUUUGAGUCAAGGAGCAAAAUGAUCUGACUUAUGCUUUAUUGAAAACAGACUGCAGCGGGCAAGGGUGGAAGCAAGGAGAUAAAUUAAAUUAAUUAAAAUGAAAAGUUCAUCUCUCCUCUCUGCAUAAAUUUAAUGCAUAUGAGCUGGAAAUUAAUGAGAGACAAUAGUUCAAAAUUAUAUGCAAACACAGUGAAAUUGUAACUACGCAAAACUAAAAACGGUUGGAAGAGAGAAUUUAAUAUCGCCAUCCGUUUCAUUUCCACAGCACCAGAUGGUAAGUCUGAAAACAUUUUAAACUGAGGCCAUGAACAACCAAUGACAAAAAAAAUAACUAUUAAGCUUUGGGAACUUUGAACAUCUCUUGCUAAGGAAGAGAUGAAAAAUCUCCCUCCUUGACAUGGUGUGGGUUGUGGAAUUGAACAAGAGUCUAUGAUGAUGUUGAGAUGGUCUCCUCAGGUAACUUUCCAUCCCAGAAACAAACAAAAAAAGUCCAGGAAACCGUCAGUUAGAAGUUGGGGAAACUUGAAGAGCUAAGAAGAAAGCAAACCGUCAAGAAAAAUGAAAGGAGCCAUAGUUUGGAUUAAUCGAGUUUUUAUUCUCAAAUUUUAAACAUAUGAUUGAUGGGAAGAUAAAAAAAAAAAAAAACUGAGUCUUUUCCAGAGAACAAAGAAAAUGGAAAAAUAAAAAUACUGAUAAAAGGUGAAUUUAGCCUUAGAGUCAAACUUCCUGGCAGUCAGAAUUAUUAGGCUGUGAAACAGCACUCCCCAUCUCUCCUGGGCCGUUUAGGUUGAGAACAAAUUGGACCUGAAAAAGUGUCAAAAUUCACAGUAGGAGCGCCCCCUCACAGCACUGUUUCUCUCUCUGAAGUAGGUUACUGUAUUCACCCGGGGAAAUUUCUAUUGAAUUAUAAUUAGGUGGCUAAUUAAAAAGUGGAUUAUCAACUAUAUUAAAUAUGCCAGAAAGAUGUGCACAUCAUUCAUUCUUUAAUUUAGGAAAUCCACCUUUUCCUUAAAAAAAAUUCUCACUGGGAAAUUCCAUGUAUAAUAUGUAUGUUUUCUUUUUUCUUCUUAAGUCAAUUUUAUUGAAGCAAGUCUAAGAUCUUUUGUUUAUUGAGGUAAUGGAUGUAAUUUGAGCUUCCUCUGUUAAUAAAAAUUACCUACACACCAUAGUUAUUCUUUGCAAUGAGAAUCCAUGGCCAUGAUAAUGAUCCCAAGGCAAUUCAAGUUCCCCAGAAAAAAAAAUAAUAAUAAUGGAAAUAAUAACUGCUACCAUUUAUUCACUGCUAAUAUACGUCAAAUGCUGUAUGUCUCCUUUAAUUCUUUCAACAACCCUAUGAGGUAAUUUUAUGCCUAUUAAACAGAUAAGGAAACUGAGCUCAGAGAAGUCAGGCAAAUUAUUCAAGGUCACACAGCUUGAAGGUUAUAAAGUUGAAAUUCAAAUUCAGGUCUGUUUGGCCUUGAAAAUCUUGCAUUAAGCAAGAGUUUUCUGUCCUUAAAAUGUUUUAACAUUAAGCUAAAACUACAUUGUUGCGUUCAACUGAUUGUGAAUUGCUAAUAUUCUUGUACCAUAUAAACAGUUAAUCAGAACCUUAUAUUAACCAUACUAUAUUUCUUAGCCAUUUGUCUAAACAGCAGUUCAUUUUAUAAAGGAAAUGAUCAUGAGGAGACCCUUGACCCAUUAUUAACUGCAGAAGUUAAAAAGUGAUAGUCACCUGGCACUAUAAGUUACUUUUUAUUUGUCUUUUCUUAUUUUCUUCUAAUUUCUAAGAGGGUACAAAUUAAAUGAUAGCCCAUGAACUUUGGUCCAAUCUAUCUAUGAGCCUGCUAGACUAGUCAGGUAUUAAGUGGGUCAGUCCAUUCCUGAAGGCACUUCAAAAUUGCCCAUCCCAAGUGGAUGACUUAGCAGAUAGGCAUGACUGACUAGGCUGGGAUGGACUUACUGAAUUGCUGAUAAGACUCAGUCCUGAUACCAUGUGGGUGAUUUGGAAUUCUGUCUCAAAUAAAUAAUGACAGCAAUAACAGU